AUGAUGGAGCUCAAGAAAGCUUCCGAUUCCGUCAAAUCAUGGGACACAACCUCCAUCUCUUUGGCAGCUGGCUGCGAUCUGUUCAUGCACUACGUAACAAGAACUUCAGCUCUGGAAUAUGAGGACUUUAAUUUGGCUAAGUCUCGCUUUCUUGAACGUUCAGAGAAAUGUGGGGAGAUAUCUUAUAAGGGAAGGCCAGACAGGACAGGAUUACGAUUGUCCAAUGAGCUAGCAAAGCUUGAUGUUCUUGUGAAGCUCUUAAUAGACUCUGCUGUGGCAUAUAAUAUGGAUGAAGUAGACAUGAUAUUUGUUGGGCGGAUGGAGUGGUGGAAAGCGGAGUUUGCUCGUCUCUAUCCAUUGGACCAAAAAGACAUGGUCCCUGCCUUGCGCCCAAUCGAUUUUGGGGUACCCAUCCCAUUGAAGGUCGAAGUUGAAACAUCAGCUCAGGAAUAUACACCUCCACAAUAUCUUACCCUACUCUUUACAGAUCUGGGCGUCCUAACACUAUCAGUAUUGUCACCUACAUAUCGACGUCACUCAUAUCGGACUGUUAGAGGACCUUUGAUGGAAGUUCUUGGUAUUGAAGUUGAUACCAGCCCUAGAAUCAUAGUUGCAAUCUGGCAUUAUAAGAUAUCACAUCAUCUAUCUCCAUCGCAACCCAUUCACUUGGACCACAAGAUCAAGCUUUCAGGGAGUAGUCCUGCUGGAACUGCAUGCUAUGAUAUCUUGGUGGAUGUGCCCUUCCCUAUACAGAAGGAAUUCAAUGCUUUGCUCGCUGACACAGAGAAAACCAUAGAGAUUGAUGCUUGUGAUGAAGACAUUUGCACUGCCAUAAGGAAGAUCCAUGAGCAUCGCAGGAGAUAG